AUGGACAGGAUUCUGAAUGUUCUUGUUCGAUACUUUGAUGAGGAUAUGGGUCAUUCAAAGUGGCUUCACCAACCCAAAGAUGCCAGUGCUGAACCUUAUGCUGAAGUGAUGUCAGAGAAGCGAAGAAAGAAAUCUGCCUCUGAGAUGAGUCUCUCGGAGGAACAGAGUGAAAGACCAGACUCGCCUGUAUUCAGUUCUGUGUCUAUGAAGAGUGACCAUUCGAAAGGUGAUGGACCGAACUUCAGUGGGGAAACACCAUCAGCUACCAAAAGAGAAAAACCCGGCUCGCCUGUAUUCAGUUCUGUGUCUAUGAAGAGUGACCAUUCCAAAGGUGAUGGACCGAACUUCAGUGAAGAAACACCAUCAGCUACCAAAAGUGAAAAACACGGCUCACCUGUAUUCAGUUCUGUGUCUAUGAAGAGUGACCAUUCGAAAGGUGAUGGACCGAACUUCAGUGGGGAAACACCAUCAGCUACCAAAAGCGUUGAUAAUCAAUUGUAUUGCUUCAAAGCCCAAUAACAUAGACGGCGCAAGGAAUUCAAAGAAAAACUCCUCUCGAUAUUCCAGGAUCUUGAGAACAAAAUAACCACAUUUCUGAAAAAUGAACUGGAAAAGUUUAAAAAAAUAAUAAAAAAAGAAAACACAAAAUACAUUGUGAAGGACUUAAAGGAGGACAGAUACAAUGUCAAAGAAGCAGCUCUUGAUAUCACACUCUACUUCCUGAGAAGUAUGAAAGAAAAUGAACUUGCUGAUACUCUAGAAGACGAGCUGGUAUUCAUUUAUCAACGACAACUAAAAUCAAACCUGAAGAAGAAGUAUCAAUGUGUAUUUGAGGGAAUUGCAAAGCAUGGUGACUCCAAACUUUUAAACAAGAUCUACACAGAUCUCUAUAUCACUCAGGGUAGUAGUGAACAGGUUAAUAAUGAACAUGAGGUAAUACAGAUUGCGAAAGCUUCCAGGCAAACUGAAUCAGCAGAGAAGCCGAUUAAGUGCACAAGUUUGUUCAAACCACCCGGCCAAGACAAGGAAAUAAGAACUGUACUAACAAAAGGAGUUGCUGGUAUCGGAAAAUCUGUCUCUGUGCAAAAGUUUGUUCUGGACUGGGCCGAAGGAAAUGAAAAUCAGGAUAUCAGCUUCAUAUUUCCUCUUCCUUUCCGAGAGAUGAACUUGAAGGAGAAUGAUAGACAAAGUUUGAUGGACCUUAUCAGUCAGUUUUUCCCAGAGACAAAAGGCCUGAACCUCUCAAGAAAUGAUAAAUUCAAAGUCCUUUUCGUCCUUGACGGAUUGGAUGAAUGUCGACUUCCUCUGAAGUUUGAGGGUAAUGAGACAUGGCGUGAUGUCACAUCUCCGGCCUCUCUGGAUGUUCUUCUAACCAAUCUCAUCAAGGGAAAUCUGCUUCCUUCUGCUCACAUCUGGAUAACCACCAGACCAGCAGCAGCCAGUAAGAUUCCUCCGAAGUAUAUUGACCUGGUGGCAGAGGUACGAGGGUUUGAUGACCCACAAAAGGAGGAGUACUUCAAGAAAAGGUUCACGGAUGAGAAACUGGCCAACAAAAUCAUUGAUCAUGUAAAAAAAUCAAAGAGCCUCUUUAUCAUGUGCCACAUCCCAGUCUUCUGCUGGAUUUCAGCCACUGUUCUCCAGAACAUUUUAGAGAAAAAAAUAAAUGAUGAUGAGGGUCAGGCUGAUGACGACUCCAAAACACUGCAGGAAUCUGGUGCUGAUGAUGAAACUCCUAAGACUCUGACACAAAUGUACACAUAAUUUUUCCGCUUUCAGAUCCAGCAGAGCAGUCAAAAAUAUGAUGGAAAAUACUCCCCAGAUAUUGACAGGGUUAAAGAGGCGAUCCGUUCUCUGGGGAAACUGGCAUUUAAUCAGCUGGAAAGAAACAACCUGAUUUUCUAUGGUUCAGACCUGGAGGACUGUGGUAUUGACCCCUCCAAGGCAUCAAUGUACUCUGGGAUGUGCACUCAGAUGUUUAAGGAGGAAAAAGGGAUUGUUCUUGGUACCACAUACUGCUUUGUUCACAUGAGCAUUCAAGAGUUUAUUGCAUCUAUUUAUGCUCAUCUGAUUCUAGACACCGACAAGAAAAAUGCAUUUUCCCAACACGGCACAGAACAAGAAAAAACAAAUGAAACAAUGACUGAAUUGCUCAAGACUGCAGUGGACAAGGCACUCGCAAGUGACAAUGGUCACCUGGACCUUUUCCUUCGCUUUCUUCUUGGUCUUUCACUAGAGUCCAAUCAGUCACUCUUACGAGGUUUGUUAAAACAAAAAGACAGCAAUGAGCAGAGCAAAAAGGAAAUGGUUGAUUACAUCAAGCAGAAAUUCGAAGAUAAUUCAUCUCCAGAGAGAUCCAUCAAUCUGUUCUACUGUCUGAAUGAACUGAAUGACCAAACUCUGGUGAAGGAGAUUCAGAAUCAUCUUAGAAAAGGAAGUCUCUCAUCUGCUGAACUCUCACCUGCACAGUGGUCAGCUCUGGCCUUUGUGCUUCUGACAUCAGAGGAGGAGCCGGAGGAGUUUGAUCUUCAGAAAUUCAAGAAAUCGGACGAGUGUCUCUGUAGAUUAGUGCAAGUUGUCAAAACUGCCAAAAGAGCUUUACUAAAUGAUUGUGAGCUAACAGACAAAAGCUGUUCAGCAGUGUCUACAGUUCUCGGAUCAGAUUCCAAUCUGAAAGAGCUGAACAUGAACAAUAAUAAUCUGCAGGAUUCAGGAGUGAAGCUGCUUUGUGCUGGACUGGAGAGUAUUAAGUGUAAAUUGGAGAUACUGAGGCUCAGUAAAUGUGAGCUAACAGAGGAAAGCUGUUCAGCUCUAGCUACAGUUCUCAGAUCAGACUCCAGCAGUCUCAGAGAGCUUGACCUGAGCAAUAAUAAUCUGCAGGAUUCAGGAGUGAAGCUUCUCUCUGAUGGACUGAAAAGUAACUGUAAACUGGAGAUCCUCACGCUUUCUGACUGCAGUAUUAAUGAAGAAGGAUAUAAAGCUCUGUCUUCAGAUCUAAAAUUAAACCCUUCACACCUGAAAGAGCUGGAUCUCAGAGGAAAUGACCCUGGAGAAUCAGGAGUUAAACUGCUCUAUCAUUUACUACAGGAUCAGAACUGUAUACUGAAACUGAGAUUUUUGAAAAGUGAAUCUGCAGAGAAAACCCUUCAGUAUUGGUCUAAAGUUCUUGGUGAAAAUCCUUUACUCCUGAGGCAGAUGAAUCUGAGUGAAUGUAAAUUCGGAGAUUCAGAAUUGAAUCAGCUUGCUGCUCUACUGGAAGAUAAACACUGUAAAGUGAACAAACUGAUCCUUAAUAACAGCUAUAUCACAGAAGAAGGUUUUGGUGCUCUGUCUUCUGCUUUUAAUUUAAACCCUUCAAACCUGAAAGAACUGGAUCUGAGUGGAAGUAAACUUGGAGACUCAGGAAUGAAGAAGAUCUGCAGUCUGUUUGAAAAUGUUCAGUGUAGACUGGAGAAGCUAAAGCUCAGUAAAUGUGAUCUAACAGAGGAAAGCUGUUCAGCUCUAGCUGCAGUUCUCAGAUCAGACUCCAGCAGUCUCAGAGAGCUUGAACUGAGCAAUAAUAAUCUGCAGGAUUCAGGAGUGAAGCUGUUCUCAGAUGGACUGAAAUGUAACUGUACACUGGAGACACUCAGGUUGAGUUAUUGUGACUUAACAGAGAUAAGUUGUUCAGCUCUAGCUAGUGUUCUCUCCUCUGAUACCACUCUGAAAGAGAUUGAUCUGAACAACAGUCCUCUGAAGGACUCAGGAGUGAAACAUCUCUGUGAGGGACUGAAGAAGUCUCAGUGUAAACUGAACAGACUCAACCUUUCAAACUGCAGUAUUACUGAAGAAGGAUAUAAAGCUCUGUCUUCAGCUCUGAACUCAAAUCCUUCAUACCUAAAAGAGCUGGAUCUCAGAGGAAAUGACCCUGGAGAAUCAGGAGUGAAACUACUCUGUGAUUUAAAUGAGAAACCAAACUGUAAUCUGAGACUGAGGUUGUUACAAAGUUCCUCUGCAGAAGAGGCCUAUAAGUAUCUGACUAAAGUUCUACAUGGUGUAAAUCCUUUACUGCUGAGUAAUCUGAAUCUGGGUGAACUUGAACUAGGAGACUCAAAAUUGAAACAGAUCGCUGCUCUACUAGAAGAUAAACACUGUAAACUCAACAAACUUCAGUUGAAUAAUAACUGCAUUUCAGUAGAAGGUUGUAAUACAGUCGUUUCAGCUUUAAAUUCAAAUCCUUCAAACCUGAAAGAGCUAAAUAUGAGCGGAAAUAAUCUAGGAAACUCAGGAGUGAUGAAGAUUUCUACUCUAUUGAAAAAUACUCAAGUCAGACUGGAGAAACUGGAAUUGUCAGACUGCAGUAUUACUGAAGAAGGAUAUAAAGCUCUGUCUUCAGCUCUGAGAUCAAAUCCUUCAUACCUAAAAGAGCUGGAUCUCAGAGGAAAUGACCCUGGAGAAUCAGGAGUGAAACUACUAUGUGAUUUACUACAGGAUAGACACCUCAAACUGGAGAAACUAUGGUUAAGAGAGUGUGAAAUGACAGAUGACGGUUGUUCUGAUUUGACUUCAGCUCUGAAUUCAAAUCCAUCACACCUGAGACACCUGAACCUGAGUGGGAAUAAACUAGGAGAGUCAGGAGUUGGACACCUGUGUGAUCUACUGAGAAAUUCUCAAUUCCAGCUGGAAAAUCUAGAGUUGUGUGAAUGCAGUAUUACAGAGAAACAGUGUGGCAUCCUGACUUCAGCUUUGUGUUCAAAUCUUUCACACCUGAGAGAACUCGACCUCAGUGGGAAUAAACUAAAAAACACAGGAUUUAAUCACAUAUGUCAUCUACUGAAUGAUUCACACUGUAAACUGGAGAAACUGAGAAUAAAAGAGUGA